UUUACAUUCAGGAAAUAUAUUGUAUUUGAUGAAUGGUCUAUUAGUGACCUUGGAUUUUGUGGGCCAGCUGAUAAAUCAUCAAAAUGUAUAUAUGGAAAUCUUCCUUACAUAGCACCAGAAGUUAUUAUUGGAAAGGAAUAUACUUUUAAAUCUGAUAUUUAUAGUAUUGCAAUGCUUAUGUGGGAAAUUUCAUCUGGGCAACCACCAUUUGUUAAUCAU